UGUAUUUCUCAAUUUCAUUCACAAAAUUUUUAGCUUUUUUUUUAUUUUUUAUUUUAUGUUUCUGUUCUUUUAUGUUAAUAGAAAAAAAAAAAACAUGUUAUGCUUGUUUUUUGUCGCUUUGUUGCUCAUGUAUGUGUGUGUAUAUAUAUACCAUUCACCCCAAUGUGUGGAUCUAUACGGCCUAAAGUUUUAUCAACUUAGGUAAGUUCUUGUACUCUUUUGCCUUAUUUUAGCACUGUCUUUAUAUCAGUCUGCUUAACGUUGACGGUUAACUGCAGCAACUUCUUCUUGUUUGUUUUCUUUCUUUUUCUUUUUCUUUUUUUUUUUUAUUGUGUUUUUAAUUUGCCCCUUCUUGUUUUUGAAAAUUGAAUCAUCCUAACUUUAUUCCACAGAUCUUAUCUCUUCCUAAAAGUAUGAAUUUCAUUGAUUUGCUUUUACCUGCAAUACUUAUAUGCUUUAAUUUUAAAAGUCUUCAUCAGUUUAUUUCUAUUUAGAUUCAUGAUUCAUAUCGCCAAGAAUAUUUAAUAUUCUACUGACCUGGUCUCUAAUUUCCCUCACACAUUGUUCUGCUCUCAAAAAGCUUCAACAGACAACCAAUAUAUUCAGCCAAAUGGUAUUAGUUCUCACUUUUCUGCUUCUUCAUGGAAAAACAUGCCGGACUAGGUUUGGUUCACUGGUUCUGAAGGUGACUUGUUCUAAUAGGAUGUCAUUUUAUCAUUUGCUCCGGUUGAGUAGGUGAGCAAUAUCCAAUAAGAAAUGGUAGCAGCCUUAACUGCUUCAUCUAUCAUUUUUCAUUGGAGUGUGGCAUCUUGGAUUGCUCAAGAAUAACAUAAAAUGACUUCGAAGAAAAUAUUAUAAAUAUAAGUACUUAGAUAGAAGUUAAUGUCCCUGAAAUUAGUGAAACUUCCCAACUUAGCACUCUUCAAAGAUCACUAAAGGUGUGCCUACAUUCUAAAAUACGGUCAAGCCUCACAGUCUUAAAAUAAGGUCUCAAUUCAUGGUUGAAUCUCCUAUUUGGUAAUUAGCCAUAUCAGAAGUAGAGACAAAAGACAAAUUAGACUGUUUACAAUUGUAAACUUGGAGGAAGAUGAUCAGUGGAAUGAGUGCAAAGAUUCGGUUAGUUAGAUGUCCUCGAUGUCGGCAGAUCCUUCCAGAGUUGCCGGAUAUUCCUGUCUAUGAAUGUGGUGGCUGUGGCACACGUCUCCAAGCAAAAAUUCGAAAGGAAAAUGCCAAAAGCACAUCUAACCUACCUGAAACAGAUGCUGAAGAGACGAAUAAAUUUGAUCAUGUUUCUGAAGGUAAUGAAUCUAGCAGCUCAAGUCAUGAAGCAAUUCUUCCUUCUGUAGGCGAAUUCUCUUUGGACCAAAACAAUGGGAGGAAUCAAGUUGAAUCCAGUGAUUUCAAUGGUGACAACCUCACAGGUGUAAACUUACCACACGAAGAUGAAAAAAAAGCAAGCGAUCAAAAUAGAUUAGAGGAUUUUGAUAAUGGACAUCUUGAAGAUUUAAAGUUACCAAAUGAGGACCAAAAUGAUGCGGUGACAAAAAUAAAUCUGGGGUUUGUGACAAUGAGAAAUUCAAGGUUGUAAACUUAUCAAAUGAGGACUACAACAACUGUGAUCAUCAAAAUGAAUCUUUAGCUUGCAAUAUUGAGCAGCACGGAAUUUCCAGCAGAGACUGUUCAUCAAAUGAACUUACUCAUUUUGAGAAUGGAAACCCGUCCCAGUUCCCAUGAUCCAGAGCAAGCUCAUCAUCGUCUGCAAAGGCAACAGCAGAGGGAGAAGCAGAAGCACGGAAUUGUGAUAUUAUUUUUUGUUGCUUGGAUUGGCUAAACGGACAUAUUUCUAACCGGGGUCUUUUCUAACAUCACUAUCACUCACAGAGGCACUAGAAGACUCCGUAAACAAAGACCUGUAAAUAAUUAAAACACAAUUCAGCUUCAUGAAUUAUAUGUAAUAUAAUAUUCACAAUCAAACAAUUACAUAUUUGGUUUA